CGGGAGGGGGCAGAGAGCGGAGUCCAGCCUGGAGCCUCGCGUCCCCUUCCCGGCUGGCCCCAUCCCGUCGCCUCCCCGUCUCCUCUCCCCUCCAGGGCUCGCAACAACCCCCAACUCCGCUCCCUGCCCUCUGCGGUGGUCCUAACAGAAGGAACUGUCGCCCUCCUUAAGCCCUCGGCGCUUUGCGACACUGGCCCCUGUCCCCAGAACCCGCACAGCCUGCCAGGCGCAGGGAGGGAGCAGGGUCCCAUUUCCAGCCGAGACCCGGAGCUGCUGGAAGGGAGAGGUCCGGAGGAAGGGAGAAGGGGGAUAGGGUUGGGGGCCGCCUCCCGCUGGGGGCGUGUUCCUGAGGCCCCGCCCGGGGCCCCGCCUUUUUUGCGCCGGCUGUGACAAGCGCUGCGGCAUUUGUCCCCGCGACAGCACCGCUGCCGCCGUCUCUAAGGUCGCCGGGGUCCCACCGCCGCCACCAUGCCUCGGGGGAGCCGCAGCGCGGCCUCCCGGCCAGCCAGCCGCCACGCCGCGCCCUCUGCCCACCCGCCUGCGCACCCACCGCCCUCGGCAGCCGCCCCAGCCCCCGCCCCUUCGGGCCAGCCGGGGCUCAUGGCUCAGAUGGCGACCACGGCCGCAGGGGUAGCCGUGGGCUCAGCUGUGGGACACGUCAUGGGCAGCGCCCUGACCGGAGCCUUCAGCGGGGGGAGCUCGGAGCCCUCCCAGCCUGCUGUCCAGCAGCCUCUUGCACUGUACCCCCAGGCCCCCACCCCCGCUGCCCCCCAGCCCCUGCAGAUGGGGCCCUGCGCCUACGAGAUCAGGCAGUUCCUGGACUGUUCCACCACUCAGAGUGACCUGUCCCUGUGUGAGGGCUUCAGCGAGGCCCUGAAGCAGUGCAAGUACAACCAUGGUCUGAGCUCCCUGCCCUGAAGAGGUUGGUGCAGACUCGGGGGCCAGUCCUGCACCCACCUCUACCCCUCACCGACAGCCAGACCACAACACCAGAUUGUACCCAGAUAGCUGGGAUUGGAAGUGAGGAGGUUUCUCACCCCACAGAUAACCCAAGACACAAAUGUGCAAUUAAAAGUUUAUUUUAGACCACA